ACAUAUUUAUUUUGGUAUAUGUUUGUGUGUGUGUUCUGUAUAUGUACAUAUACACGCACAGAGACACAUAUAUUUACUUUGUCAGAUAUGCAUUAUCUGUCUAUCUGUCUUGGUUCCCAUAGGAACAGAAUCUUGUGACGUACUAGGCCUCGUCUGCGCAUGCGCUCCGCCCGCGCUCAACCCGGAAGCGCGCUCCAUCCGGGUCCUCGGUUGCCUUGGCGGCACGUUGCCAUGGACGACGCCCUGAAAGCCGGAAGUGGGGCGCGGAGGCGUCGUCGCCUGUGUUCCGCGGGAGGCUGGAGGAGCAGCAGCGGCCUUGCCAGGAUGGCGCACGUCCCCGGCCGGGAGAAGGAGGAGGAGCAGGAGGGCCAGCAGCAGGACCAGGGGGACGAGGAAGAGAAAGCCCAUGCCUCCGCCGAGACGGAAGAAGACAUUCUUUCUGCACUGAUCUGUGAAUUUCUUACAGAAGCGAAACUGAGGAAGAAAACAUCUUACAAGUCACCCAGAUCACCAAAGUCUGCAUACACCUCUGCUCCAUGUUUCCUUUCCAAAGGGCCUGGGUUUCUGAGAUCCUUUAAAGGCACAGAGAACAAAAAUUUUGGCAACUCCUUGGUCAAGUCAUCCAGGCAGCUGUGGCAUGGACCUCCCAAACAAGGUACCAGGAUGGUCAAGGGAAAACCAGACUUUGACAUAGGCGACACACACUCCACUCUCCCUGGCAACACUCCAGAAUAUCUGAAGGAAGCCUUCGGCAUGCGGAAGCCGAAGCACGCACGCUCCUCCAUCAGCGGCUAUAUCCCUGGAACACCAGACUACAAAGAAAAGGAAGAUAUGUAUGAUGAGAUUAUUGAAUUAAAGAAGACCAUACAAGCCCAGAAAUGUGAAGCAGACCGGAUGAAAACAAAGCUUCGGCGACUGGAGGAGGAAAACAACCGAAAGGACAAACAGAUUGAGCAGCUGCUGGAUCCCUCCAGGGGCUCCGAGUUUGGAUGGCUACGCCCAGAGAUGAGGAGCGAAAUUAGUUUGGUCAAUGGAUUGAAGCAAAAGAUUCUCAGACUGGAACAGCAAUGCAAGGAAAAAGACAACGCUAUCAACAAACUCCAGACAGAUGCGAAGAACACUAAUGUAGAAGAAAUGAGACUCUCCCUGGACACUUAUUAUGAUGAGAUCCAGAGACUCCACACCCUGCUAGCAAAAUCAAAGGCGGAGCAGAGAAAAUCCUUUCCUGAGAGUUCGCAGCAGAAGGUGCUCAACACCACAAUCCUGCAGUUCUCCAGGAGCAUCAAGGAGCUGCAAGAUGAGAAUUGGAAACUGAAAGCAGAUCUGGACCACAUGUUGCACGGCUCCCCUGCCCUCAGUAAAGCCAAAAAUUACACUGAAUGGAGCAGACAGAGGCUGGUUCGACGGAUUUCAAAACUGGAAAAAAAAAUAGAUGAGCUUCAGAAUGACAGGCGGCAGCUUUCGCAAGCCAGCACCUCACCUGUGCUCACUCCAUCAGCUUCUGCACACCUGGAUCUGUCCAUUGCUAAGGAAUCUGAUUCUCCUGAGGACUUGGAGCAUCGACACGAGAUAGUAAAGAAACUGGAAGCACAAAAAGAUGUCCUUCAGGAUCAGUUGACACUUAAAGAGGAAGAAAUACGGAAGCUGACAGAGAAGGUGAGAGAACUGGAGGAAAACCAAGAAAUAAAUUGUAGAGAGACUGGGACUGAUGCCACAGAAUCUCCUGACCAGGUGGCGGUUGUGCUCCAGGCAGCAUUCAGGGGACAUUUAGCUCGGCAGAAACUAUUAUCAUGUUAUGCGCAAGAUCGAAAUGCUCACAGUGUAGCUAGGGCAGGAAACAAGGUCCCAGAUUUAUCAUGUCGGUCCAGCGCAUCACAAAUAACUGCUGAUUGCAGCGCAGAAGAGGAGGCUGUGAGGCUGAUCCAGUCAGUUUUCCGGGCUCACAUCACACGGAUGCAACCAAAAGGAAGGUCUGUAAUCUCUAGCCCCAAGAGUGAGAAAGCAAGCCCAGUUGCCUAUAUUGGACAGGAGAAGCCAGUCUGGUUUCCGUUCAAAUAUUCACCUCUGGCCUUCACUUCGAUACCAGCCACAUCUUCCCCAUCUCAGCAGCAGCCCUCUCCUUCACCACUUGCAGAUGAUGUUCACUCAGACGACUCAGAUGAUAUUAUCACAGUGUCUCCAUCACCAGUGAAAAAAGCAUCAUCUCUUGACUUCCACAGCUAUCGGCCACAUUCUCUUGGUCUAAGCUAGGAGGCAAGCCAUUUUGUCUUUGCUUGGCUGGAUGAAAUUGUAGUUGUGAUGAAGAGAGAUGAAGGUAAUACCUAUUUACUGGGUUGUUUUGAACCCGUUUUGAAGGGCCAUCCACUGCAUAUCCAUUUCUCCACAGUUUACAUGCAUUGACAAAUACCUCUGCUGCUGCUUUGCAACUCUGGGACCAGUGCAAGUUGUCAAGUCUGCAUGGCAGAGCUUCUGAUGCGCCAAAAGCUCUGCUGGAUCAGACCAAAGGCCUUUUCUAAUCCAGGAUUCUGUUCCUACUGUAACCAGGCAGAUGCUCACAAGCAGGACAUGAGCCCAAUAACACACUCCUGCUGGUACUGGCAUAGUGCCUCUUACAUUGCAGAUAAUGUAUAGCGAUCAUUAUGAUGUAGCCAUUGAUAGAUUCAUAAAGGAUACGGCUGAUCAGUUCUUGUGGCAGGAAGGAGAUGCCUUCUUUUUUGGAGGAAUCUCUUCUAUUCUUCCACAGUUCAGGUUUUAUACUCAUCCCCUCAGCUUUGAUACCAAAAAAGCACCUGGUCCUGUGAAGCCUGUGUGCUGGCAGAAAGUACACAAACACAGCAAGCUCCUGAGUUUCCCAGGGCUCUUGAUCCAAAGGCAAUCAGAACCAAAUGCUUCAAAGACCACGGCAGGAGGAUAGCUCUGGGAAGAGGGAGACAAUUUGCUGAAAGCUAUAAAAGAUAAAGGAUCUUGGAAACACAUUCACCGGUGGCUUUUCCUGAGUAAUAUUAAAGUCUAGCUUCUUUCUCUUCCA